AUGUGCGGAGCAAACGUUGAUCUGCCAAGCAAAGGUAGUGGAACUGUAAACCAGCUCGGAGGGAUGUUUCUGAAUGGCAGACCUCUCCCGGAAUCCAAAAGGAGGAAAAUGAUUGAACUGGCAUCAGAGGGAGUCCGUCCAAGUCAGAUCUCCAGGAUUCUCCGGGUGUCCAACGGCUGCGUCAGUAAGAUCCUGAGCCGGUACAGACGUACAGGGAUCCUGGAACCAAAGACCAUCGGAGGGAGCAGACCUCGGCUUCUCACCCCUGGUGUCAUCUCCACCAUCAUCCAGUGCAAAAGAGAAAACCCGACCAUUUUUGCCUGGGAGAUUCAGAAACGCCUGGCAACAGCAAGGAUAUGCAAGGCCUCUAAAGUCCCCAGUGUGUCAUCCAUAAAUCGGAUCUUGAGAAAGAUUCACUUGGACCAUGGACCCAUGUGCAUGGAGAUCAAUGCGCACAGCAGGACUAAGCAAGGGUUCAAUUCCUUCAUCGGGGAGGAAUUGAAUGUAAUCGAUGUGUUUGAGACAGUUUGCAGCAAUGACCACAAACCUAAAGGCAUCCAGUACAGAAACCGCACCACCUUCACCCCUGAGCAGAGCACUGCCCUCGAGCAAGAGUUCUCUCACAGCCAGUAUGCAGAUCUGUACACGAGAGAGAAACUGUCAUCUGAGAUCAAACUGCCUGAGGACACCAUCAAGGUCUGGUUUUCAAACAGGCGGGCUAAAUGGAGGAGGGAGGCCAAACACAGAAGCAGCAUGCAGAGCCUUCAAAAACUAAGAGAGUUUGUUCCAGUGACUCCAUCCAUGCCACACAGCUCCACAUCUCAGCAGGCAACGGGAGUGUCAAGAGUUCACAGUGAAAACUUAGCUGCCUCCUCUACAUCCAACACAGCUGCCAGAAAGAUGCAAAAUGACUACUGUAUCACUUCACACACAGGUAUAGGACAUUCUGGCCAUCUGAUCUCAGUCCCAUCUCCGUUCUUCCAUCAGUCUGAUAACACAUUGGCACACACAGUACCAGAGAAGACGUCAGUGCACCUCCACAGAGACAGAUUCACUUUCCCAUUGGUUCACCAUCACCCAGAUACAAGAGCUUCUCUCCCUUUACAUACCAACCCAGUAAGAAGAGAGCAUCCUGUGGCACAGUGCUGGAAUCAGCAGGGAGUUUCUUUCUCAUGGAGCCAGUUUUGCCAGCAGCCCUGGACUCUGAAUCCACACGUGUGA